CACCAACCAGCCACCUCAGCGGCUCGACCCCUCUGUAUAUACAAGAAUAUAUAAAUUACCUGGACUGCUUCAUUGCCACCGACGUCGUCGCCCGAGACAUGAUCAAUCACGGCGCGAGGAUCAGACUAGUAUCUACAAUGGCUGCUCCCAAGAUUACGCUAUACGUCGACGUCGUCAGCCCCUUCGCGUACCUUGCAUACUAUAUCACACGACAUUCACCCGUGUUCGCAAAAUGCGAAGUGUCCUAUAUACCCGUCUUGCUGGGUGGAAUCAUCAAGGCAACAAAUAAUAACUCGCCACUAUACAUCAAAAACAAAGACAAAUGGAUCAACGUCGAGAGACUCCGGUGGUCUCGCUAUUUCAACGUUCCCGUCACGGAGGGGACAGUCAAGGGAUUCCCCAUCCAGACGUUGGCGGUGCAACGAGCCCUUUGUUCAGUGGCCGCCGAAACUCCAAGCAAAUUAGUGCCCUGCCUUGAUGCACUAUAUAAGUCGCUCUGGGUCGAAGGAAACCCAGAUGUCGGUAAGCCAGAAGGCUUCACGCCAAUUUUAUCGCAGGUGCUGGGGGAGGAGGCCGCUGAAGAGGCCGUUCGAAAGUCUACCACGGAAGAAGUGAAGAAAAUGCUCCUGGCAAACACCGAAAGAGCUGUCACUUCUGGCGCUUUCGGCCUUCCUUGGAUAGAAUGCACCAACUCCGAAGGAAAGGUUGAGUCUUUCUUCGGUGUGGACCAUCUUGGGCAAGUCUCCGCCUUCCUUGGACUAGAAAUAUCCUCGGAUAAGGGCUUCCGUUGCGUCUUGUAAGUUGCGAUGUCCAAAUUCGAACUUUUCGCUCAGAGACCGGGCUGCAGUCUUUGGGGUAGUUCUCGGUGCUAGACGAAAGUCCUAUAUCAUAACCUGGUUCAUGAGU